AUGGAAGCGGGCAGAGGUGACCAGGGAAGGCUGGAAGGUGCAGCUGGGUCUGGGCUCGGACCCCUGGAACGAGGGCUCGAUGUCGGAAGCUGUGGCCGAGGGCCGGGGAGACAUGAAGCCAGAAGAGGGCGGCAGCGAGCCGGGAACGAGCCAGGAGCUGCUGCAGAGACUGCGGGAGCUGGAGGCGGAAACUCGGCGCUGGCUCAGGCCAACGAGAACCAGAGGGAGACGUACGAGCGCUGCCUGGACGAGGUUGCCAACCAUGUGGUGCAGGCUCUGCUCAACCAGAAGGACCUGCGCCAGGAGUGCCUCAAGCUAAAGAAGAGGGUCUUCGACCUGGAGCGGCAGAACCAGACCCUGAGCGACCUCUUCCAGCAGAAGGUGCAGCUGACGACCGGCUCGCUGCCCCAGCUGGCCCUGCACCCGGUGCCCGCGGUGUGCAGCCCCCCGGCCGGUCUCCAGUUGGGCUCGGUGGAGAAGCUGGCCCCUCCGCUGCCCCUGGGACGCUGCGCCCUGCCGAGGGAGGUGGGGUACGGAGGGCUGAGGGCAGGCGGCCCCGGCUCUCAGUCCAUGGAGGCCUUGUCUCCGUUCUUCAAGAAGAAAGCACAGAUCCUGGAGGUGCUGCGGAAGCUGGAGGAGACGGACCCUCUGCUGUGCCCCCCACCCUGCCAGCUGUCUCCCUGGAGGGACCCCAGCCACUCCCCUGCGGAGCCCGGCUCCCACAAAUCCCUAGCGGCCAGCCGGAGCCAGCCGGAGUCGCCGGUGAAUGGGGAGGGGCCCCUGGCGGCCACCCAUGAGCUGUGGCCGUCCUGCCUGCCGCCAGCACCGAAUGGCCUGGAGGAGGCGCUGAAGUGGAAGGGCAAGGAGGGGGGGGCCCUGGAGGCCGAGGGGGGGCGCCCCCAGCUGCUCCCCCCACUGUGCUGCCAGCAGAAGAGGGAGGGCAGCUCCUCGUCCUCCUCCGACGAGACGGGGGAGCUGGGGGAGCUGGGACCUGUGGAGAAGGGCCCCCCGGGCGAGGCCCUGCUGAGCACCCUGGCUGAGAAGAAGCUGGACCUGGGUCUGCUGCUGGAGGAGACCGAGUGCUACUUGCAGCACUUCCUGAAGCAGGGCUGCCCGCUCAACGGGGAGCCAGCCGCUGCCUACCGUCUGGAGGGGCCCCCGGGGGCGCUGGGCCCCAAGCCAGGGGUGCUGGGCAAGGCCCUGAGCCGGGACGUGCUCACCGGCCUCUCUGUCAUGGGCAAGUACCAGCCCACGAAGCUGGCGUCGGGCCCGGGCCAGGGCAACGCAGACAAGCCAGCUUUCAGCCCAGCCGCCGGCGGCCAGGCCCUGGGGCCCUCCCUGGAGCCGGCCCUGGAGCGCCAGGCCUACCUCAGCGUCUGCCUCUCCGGAGACGAGCCCCCCGAGAAGAGUGCCAAAGGCUUCGGCCAGACCUCGGCUCAGGGCAAGCCCAAGCUGCAGCCGGGCCCCCCGUCCCCGGGCGGUGGCGCACUUCCCCUGCCCUCCCCCUCCAAGAUGGUCAAAUUCCUGAAGAUGCCCACGCCCGGGGAGAAGCCCCAGGGCCCCAACCCUCUGCGCCUGAGCCCCCAGCUCACCCGCAGCUCCAAGAUCCCCUGCCGUAGCAACAGCUACGAGCCGUGCCCCUCGCCCGUGCUCAGCCGCAGGGCCUCCCCCGAGGGGCCCGCGGUGCCUGCCUGCCCCCUGCCCCCUGGGGCUGGCGGCCAGGCCUCCCCCAAGGCUGGCAGGCACCUGGCCCCCGGGCCGGCCGAGGCCGCUGGGCAUGGCCCCCCAAAGUCCCACGACUACGAGAACGUCUCGGAGCUGUCGGUGGGCGGCCUGGCCUCCCCGCUGGAGCGGCCUAAGGGCUCCCGCUCGACCCCGUCGCGAGGCACCAGGCCAGACGCCCCCCACUGCCCGCCGGAGCUGUGCCCCUACGCCCCUGCCAAGGAGGGCCGGGAGCGGGGCGCUGAGUCCCCGCCGGCCGCCCGCAGGGGUGCCGGGGGCUCCGCCGGGCCCAGGAGGCCUGGGAACAGCGCUGGGAAGAAGCAGCUGGAGCCGGGACACCUGCCGUUUAAGGAGCGUCUCUCGGCGCUGGGGAAGCUGAAGGGGGCCGAGACCGGGGAGCGGAAGGAGGCGCCGGGCCCGGAGAAAAACACCUGCCCUGGGAAGGCCAGGGCACCAGGCCGGCCCUGUGAGGAGGCGCUGGAGGCCAGGGCACAGCCUCGGCCGGGCGCGGGCGGCAGCCUCAAACACCAGGAGCAGUGCCACGGCGUGGAGCUGGCCGGGCGGUGCUACUCUUCUGGCUCGGUGGGCUCCCGGCUGGAGGCUGAGACCUGCUCCUCGAAGCACUACGCCGCCAAAGCCCGCCAGCCGGGGGCGCUGGGUGCAGCGGGGACCCCCCUGGGCCCCAGGAACCCCCCCAAAGCCCCUCCGGUGCCCCCGGCCAAGGGCGUCAAGAGCCCCCAUGGGAGCCCCACCAAGCUGCCCUCCAAAUCGCCCACCAAGGCGCCGGCCAAGGCUGGGGCUCCCCGCCCGCCAGCAGAGGAGCCAAGGCCCGGUGGCCCCAAGCCACCCCCCACACCGCCGCCCGGCGCGGGCCGCAAGCCCCCUGACUGUGCCAGGGCCCCGCCCCUGCCUGGCCAAGCUCUGCCCGCGGUCGGCCCCGCGCUGCACUCGGCCAUCGAGGAGAAGGUGAUGAAGGGCAUCGAGGAGAACGUGCUGCGGCACCAGGGCCGGGACAAGGGGCUGGCGGGCGAGGGGAAGCCGAAGAACUCCAGCGGCAUCGCCGGCUGGUUCGGGCUGCGCCGGAGCAAGCUGCCCGCCCUGAGCCGGCGGCCCGAGGGGCUCCAGGCCAAGGAGGAGCGGAAGCAGUGGGGCGGGGCCGCCUCGCCGCUGCGCCGGGAGGGGAAGGUGGCGGCCUGCAAAUUGGAGGCGGAGAGCCUCAACAUCUCCAAGCUGAUGGAGAAGGCGGAGGACCUGCGCAAGGCGCUGGAGGCCGAGAAGGCCUACAUCAACGGGCUGGCGCUGGAGAAGGGCCGGCCCCACGCCUGCGGCAUCCUCGUGGAGCAGACGCAGAACGAGCUGCAGGUCAUGUACCAGGAGGUGACGGCCGAAAACUUCAUGCAGCAGCUGCUGAACAGGGUGGACGGGAAGGAAGCCUACGAGAGCCGGCUGGAGCAGAAGAGGGAGCUCCGGGAUUUCCAGAGGGUCUCACAUGACGCCAAAGACCCCAGGCUCUUCCGGCCCCCACGGAACGGCAUUGUCGGCCACCUGCGGAGUUGUGAGGAGACCCCCGAGAAGAACCCAGACCCGAAACUCCGGGAGGAAAUCCCAUCGGACGACAGCCUGGCCGAGUCAGUGAACUCCCAGCACUUCACAGUGUGUGGCUCCCUGACACGGACCCUGGACAGCGGCAUCGGCACCUUCCCUCCCCCCGACUACUGCAGCGGGACUCCCAGUAAAAACCUCCCCAAGCUGAAACCCAGCCUGGACCCGCUGCCCAGCCUCGCCCCGGGGCGGCCCCCCGGCGGCCCCAGAGUCCCCCGCAAGGCCCGCACGCUGGAGAGGGAGGUGCCCAGCGCCGAGGACGUUCUGGCACCCGGCAAGCACCAAAGCAUGCCCACGUUCCACGGAGUGCUGGCCAGCGUGGAGCCGCCCCCGAGCCUCCGCAGCCGCGGAGUCUGCCCCGAAGACCCCCGCCUGGAACCACGGCGAGUGCAGCACAGCAAGAACUGGACUUUUCCCAACUCCAAGGCCUGCGGCGGCUCCGCGGACCCCUUCCUGUGCACGGCCCGGGACCUGGAGGGGCUGCACGGGCUGGCUGGGAGCUCCGCACGCAGCACCGCCGAGAGGAAAAGAGCCUCCUCAGAUGGGCCCCGCCUGCCGCCCCCCUCCCCACCGGCGUUCAGCGCCAGCCGGACGCCCAGUGCCUCUGACGUGGGCGAGGAAGGCAGCCUGGAGCUGAAGUCCAGAGACACGGGGCAGGGCCAGCCGGGCCUGGAGAACUCGGAAUCGCUCAGUGACUCGCUGUACGACAGCCUCUCCUCCUGCGGGAGCCAAGGUUAAAGGGUGCCCCUGGAGCCCCCCUUCGCGGGAGGAGGGAUCAGCUGGUGCUGGAGGAGGAAGGCGCUGCCUGGGGCCCCCCUGUGCUUCCCCCGACCCCUCAGGAGCCCGUGGCGCUUGGCACUGGGGCCGGUCAGAGCCCAUUGCUGGCACCGGGGGCCACAGAAUCCUGCCAAGGUGUCUCAAACCACGCGCCCUCCCACCCCCCCCCAACAGAGGAGCCACGGCUGGGGGCCACCACCACAUCUUCCACCCCGGACCCCUUACCAAGCGGGCCGGAACAGCCGCCUCGCCCUGGACGCAGCUCCCAGCUCCCCCCAGGCUCAUCCCCAGAGGCUGGUGCAGUGUCGCAGGGCCUGUCUGCGCCAUCGUCUCCGCUCCGGGGACGUCCGCAUGGAGCCCUCCCCACGUGGGUCCCCUGGGGCGCAUGGGGAUCGCCUGCCUGGAUUGGACCAGGGGCCCCUCUGGUGCAGUCUCCAGCAGGGCCCGGACCCAGCCACUGCCGAGGAAGGGGCAAGCCGCCCUGCGGGGGGGAGGGGUCUCUUCUGCUGGCUAGGGCCUGGCCAGUCUGUACGGCAGGGGUCGCUUUGCCCUUCUCAGGUAACUAGAUGGUCUCUUGUUCUUGCUGCAUUGAAUGUCCAGUCCUUUUUAACGCCUACACCUCAAUCUCUUGUGGCAGUGAGUUCCACAGGCUCGUUAUGGGGAAGGGGGAGAUUUCCUUCCUCUGAUGCACCAGCUAUGGGCCUGCGUUGGUAGGUGCAGGGGCGUGGAGUGAGUCGCUGCUGUAGAAACCAGGAGUGCUAAGGCCCCAGGUGUGAGUGGCUGGAGCGCAGGGGUUUCUAGCCGGCCCGAGUUACUGGAGUCGCGUUCUCCUCUCAGCAGCACCCCCGGCUGUGUCCCCCGACCCCCCGGCCCCUCAGUGCCAGGUUGGGGUCCCCCCACUCACUAGCCCAGCCCUGCCUGCUCCCUGGCGGGGCCGUUCCUCUCCACUGGUGCUGGGGGGCAGACCCCAUGAGCUGACCCCAGCUGGGUCCCGGAGCUGCUCCCGCCCCUUGUCUUUUGUGUUUGGGUCGGGGUUGCCCUUGGCUCCCGGUCCCGCUGCCUCCCCUGGCCGUGUGCCCCUCGCCUGGCUCUCUCCAAUGGUGCUAUGGCCGUGGACAGCCCCACUCCCCUUUCUCGCCUUCCGGUUGGGUUUUUUAUUCAAUGACGCCGCCCUCCCACUUUGUUUUAUUUAUAUAAGUUAUUGUGAAUCCAGUUGUUUAUUGUCUGCCUUGGUCUCCCUUCAAACUGCCAAUAAAAGGUUAAGAGCGGG